CGGUCAUAUUACUUUUACCUACGGAUAUAUUUAUUCUAUUAAUUUUUUUAAUAAUUUUAUACAUUACUUUUACCUACACCCAUAUUACUUUUACCUACAGCUAUAUUUUACUUUAUUAAAUUGUUAAAUAAUUUUAUAUUAUAGAUAAAUAAUAUUUUUUAUAUAAAUUAUAAAAUUAUUAUUUUCAUUAAAAAAACGUAAAACUUAAGUUUUUUUUUUCAUUGUCAAAACUCAACUUUACUAAUUACUAAUUAAAAAAUUAAAAAUUAAUUUUAAUUAUAAAAUAUAUGUUUUUAUACUAAUUAGGACAAACAUGUCAUUUUCAUUUCAAUUUCAGCUUGCAACUUGUGGAAGCGAUGUAAAUCUGAAAUCGUAGAAUCCACCGUCAACUCUCUGUUCAAUCGCCGCCACCGUCAACUUCCUGUUCAAUCGCCGCCACCGUCAACUCUCUGUUUAAUCGCCGCCACCGUAACUCUCUGUUCAACCGCCGCCACCGUAACUCUCUGUUCAACCGCCGCCACCAUCAACUCUCUGUUCAAUCGCCACCACACAACUCGACUCUUUCUUUCUAAGAAAAAUAUGCUUAGAAAGAAACGCAGAAAAUUGGAAGCAGCUAGAGAGAUGUUGGAGGAUGGGGAGCAGAAUAAAUCAUUCAAAAGCAAGUCAAGGCCUCAUUAUAAUCUAAAUCUGCUGAGCAUCUCUGUCAGUGGCCAAGUUUUGCCAAUUGAUUCUGCUAUUUUUGCUACAUCAAACAAUAGAGGUACCAUUAUUGAUUCUGGAACAACUUUGGCAUACAUUGCAGAAGAGGCUUACAAUCCCUUUAUCAAUGCGAUUACCGCUGCUAUUCCACAAUCUGUGCGCACUGUUUUUUCCAGAGGAAAUCAGUGUUACUUAGUUACCACCAGCCUUGACAUGUUUCCUCAAGUAAGUCUGAACUUUGCCGGUGGUGCGUCUCUCGUUUUAGGACCACAGGACUACCUUAUAAAGCAGAACUAUAUUGGAGAUGGAUCAGUUUGGUGUAUUGGCUUUCAGAAAAUCCCAGGUCAAGAUGUAACAAUUCUAGGAGGAAGAGUUAAAGAAGCAUAUGGUAGAGGAGGAAGGCAGCUCACAUGAUUCUCAAGCCACCAAAGAUUCUACAAGCUGGAAGAAUGAUGCUUAUUCAAAGGUUAAAGGACCUGAAAAGAGAGGACGAGUGCGUUGUCUUGGCAAGCUUCCCCGACAUGCUAGUUCUAGCUCCAAUGCAGAUAAUAGAGUUGCAACAUUAGAGAAUUUGCUUGGAAAUCUAGUUUCUGUUCUUCAAAUGCGGUUUUCUGAAGAUCCACAAGUUAACGAGGUCUUACGAGCUAUAGCUGAAGAGGUUUGAUUUUGUGUCACCUAUUGACCACAAUUUAGAUUCAAAUAUAUGAAAGUGAAGAUACAAUACCAUUCAAAAUUGUAGAUACAUGAAAGCUGGUGCUUCUGUUGAA